UCGUAGCGGUCGGAGGAGAAGAAUUUUGACAGGUGACAAACACCAUGCUGCCCUGCCCCAACUUUAAUUUCACACGCAGAAAAUAUCAGUCGAGCAUAUCAUAUUAGUUUUCCUCUCUGUGGACUUUAUUCGGAUUUUUCGGACGUCUCCUCCAGUUUUCUUCAUUUAGAAUUCCUCUCCUGUAAGGACAGUUGAAGAUUCUGCAAGCAAAGAUGUUGCAAAGCUUCUCUCAAUCGCAAGACUGGCUUUACUCUGAACCGCUGCUGUUUGACGAUGAGUUCUGCCAGAGUUUGAUGAAAGACCUCCAGUCGCUGCCUACACCCCCCCAGUCCCCCCCAACUAAUACCGGGCUGGGCGGCAGUAAGCCCCUAUCCAAGGAGGACCAGCUGAGCUAUGUAUCGGACAUCCUGCUGGAGGACCACGACAUGCAGCUCACCUGGAACUGCGACUUCUUCCACUCCGAUGCUGCGGAGAAGGAUGGCGAGCCCAGCCUGCCCUGCUCCCCUCUGGAGGAGAGUGGCGAGGACUGCCUGUGGCGGUGCCUGGCGGGGGACAAGAGCCUGGAGGAGAAGCUGGUCUCCUCCGUGCUCGGCUCCAGCCCACUGCUGUCUGAGAUCCACACCAGCAUCUUUGAGGAGAUUGCCGGCUCCACGCUGGACUGCCAGAAACUGAUGGACACUCAGGAGCCCAGCGAGGCCACAUCAGACUAUGGGUCAACCGGUGGCGAGCUGUCCACCUAUUCAUCCAGUGACUCUGAGGAGGAGAUUGAUGUGGUAACUGUGGUGCGCUGUUCCUCCAGCCCCUCCCCUCGGCCCUCAUUGGCUGACCUGUCUGUCCGUCAGCAGAAGCAGGAAGAGGAGAAGCGAGCUCUCCAGCGUCACCACUUUGAGAUCCAGCUGCAACACAACUACGCUGCACCGUGUCCCGCCUCGCCGCCACCUUCAUCCUCUUCAUCGUCAAACAAGCGCUCGCGCGGGAGCGACAGCUCGCCGCGCUUCCACCACUCUUCUCGCAGCUCUUCUUCUUCGUCAUUGUCCUCGUCACGGUACCACCACCACCACCACCACUCGUCCCGAAACUCGACCGAGACGGAGGACGAGGAGGAGCGGCGGCGGACGCACAACGUGAUGGAGCGGCAGCGGCGCAACGAGCUCAAGAACUGCUUUGUGCACCUGCGCGACAACGUGCCGGAGCUGUCGCACAACGACAAGGCGUCCAAGGUGGUGAUCCUGAAGAAGGCCCGAGACUGCAUCUACGGCCUGGAGGAGGAGAGCCACAGGCUGCAAUCCAAGAAGGACAAACUCCGAGCUAAACAGGAAAAGCUGAAAGCCAGGCUGUCGCAGCUUCGCAGCUAAUGGCAUUUUUAGCUGUUUAGAGACAA